AUGCCUGUGCGGAAGCCCAGCAAAUAUGGCAACAACCUCAGAGCGCCAAAGCCUGCGGCGCGUGGGCCUCGACCGAGGACGAUCGAUGCCUCCGAGCUCAGAGCCACAGAGGGCACAUCGCAAGAUGAAAAGAUGCAAGCUGUCCGCCUUGCGGAUAGCAUAGACGAGAAGAUGGGUUUUCCGCGAUUCGAUUCGGGCAGGAAACGUGUCGGAUGGCUCUACAACAUGCACAGUACAUCAAUACCGGAUUCUCGAAUAGCCGCUGGACGAGCUGGCGUUGAUUUCUACUUCAUUGGCGAGGAUGGCCAUAAUUUCAAAGCCACCGUGGAAUACGAUCCAUACUUCCUCAUCGCGGUGAAGCGUGGUCGGGAGCAGGAAGUUGAAGAAUGGUGCAAGAGGAUGUUCGAGGGGAUGGUCAAGACCGUGUCUAAGAUCGAGAAGGAAGAUCUGUCCAUGCCAAAUCAUCUGCUGGGAUACAGACGGACUUUCCUCAAGCUGACGUUUCCGAGUGUAUCUGACCUCAUGUCGGUACGAAAGGUGAUUAUGCCGAUCGCCGAGCGAAACAAGGAAAAGAUCACUGCCAUGGACACUUACGCUGAGGUUGCAACUGCUACUGCCGGAUUCGACAUCUACGACGAAGAGGAGAUGAAUGAUAAACGGAGCAACGCCAUCCUGGAAGCAAGCGACUUCAUCACAGACAUCCGGGAAUAUGACGUGCCAUAUCAUGUCAGGGUCACCAUCGAUCUUGACAUUCGGCUCGGAAAAUGGUACACGGUCGAAGCAAAGCACGGGGUGAUAUCCCUGACGUGUAUUGAAGAGCGGCUGCAGCGUGCAGAUCCUGUGGUACUCGCAUUCGAUAUCGAAUGUACCAAGCUACCGCUCAAGUUUCCGGAUGCAGUCAUCGACCAGGUCAUGAUGAUUUCGUACAUGAUUGACGGGCAAGGUUUUUUGAUUGUCAACCGAGAAAUCGUAUCCGAGGAUAUCGCCGAUUUUGACUACACUCCAAAGCCCGAAUAUCAUGGACCUUUCAUUAUUUUCAACGAGAAGGAUGAACGAGGUGUACUCGAGCGUUUCUUUGACACCAUCAAGCAAGCGCAACCCACGGUUAUUGCCACCUACAACGGCGAUUUCUUCGAUUGGCCAUUCGUGGAGGCUCGGGCAAGCGUGCUCGGCAUAGACAUGUACGCCGAGAUUGGCUUCCGCAAGAACAGUGAGGACAUCUACUACAGCGACCACUGCGUACAUCUGGACUGCUUUGCCUGGGUAAAUCGCGACAGCUACUUGCCUCAGGGCAGCCGUGGCCUCAAAGCUGUCACUGUCGCGAAGCUGGGCUACGAUCCGGACGAAUUGGAUCCGGAGCUCAUGACACCUUACGCAAGCGAGCAUCCUCAAAUUCUUGCCGAGUACUCCGUCUCAGAUGCAGUGGCGACAUACUACCUCUACAUGAAGUAUGUCCAUCCCUUCAUCUUCUCACUGUGUACGAUUUUGCCUCUCAACCCGGACGACACACUUCGAAAAGGCACCGGAACACUAUGUGAGAUGCUACUCAUGGUGCAAGCCUAUCAAAAGAACAUUGUUCUUCCAAAUAAACACAAAGAGGCGCGAGAAGCGUUCUGGGAUGGUCACCUGCUUGACUCAGAGACCUAUGUUGGUGGUCACGUUGAAAGUAUCGAGGCAGGCGUCUUCCGCGCCGACAUUCCCGUCAAUUUCGCCAUCGAGCCUUCGGCGAUUGAUGAGCUGCUUAACGACCUGGACGCUGCAUUGAAAUUCUGCAUUGAGGUUGAAGAGAAGAAAUCAUUGGACGAUGUUACGAAUUACGACGAGAUCAAACAAGCGAUCACAGAGAAGCUGAUGAGCCUGAAGAAUACCCCUAAUCGACACGAACGACCACUAAUUUACCAUCUGGACGUUGCGUCCAUGUAUCCGAAUAUCAUGACGACGAACAGGCUGCAGCCCGACUCCAUGAUAUCAGAAUCCGAUUGUGCUGCUUGUGACUUCAACAGACCUGGCAAGACGUGCGAUCGUCGAUUGCCAUGGGCGUGGCGUGGAGAAUUCUUGCCUGCGAAGAGAGACGAGUACAACAUGAUUCGAAGAGCAAUAACAAAUGAGAAAUUCGCUGGGAAAGGACCAAAGUCAUUGGCGCGGACCUUCCAAGAACUGAGUCUCGAUGAGCAAGCCUCUGUGGUCCGCAAACGUUUGCAAGACUACUCGAAGAAGAUCUAUCACAAGAUCCACGACUCGAAGACCAUCGAGCGCGAGGCAAUCAUAUGCCAACGAGAAAAUCCUUUCUACGUGAAUACUGUGCGAGAUUUUAGAGAUCGACGAUACGAUUACAAAGGAAAGCAGAAAGUCUGGAAGGGCAAGACCGAUGAAUUGAAGAGCGCAGGAGCCUCAGCACUCGAGAUCGAAGACGCCAAAAAGAUGAUCACAUUGUUCGAUUCACUACAAUUGGCCCACAAGGUCAUCCUGAACUCAUUCUACGGCUAUGUGAUGCGAAAAGGAUCACGUUGGUACUCGCUAGAGAUGGCUGGAGUGACUUGCCUCACCGGUGCACAUAUCAUUCAGAUGGCACGUGAACUCGUUGAGCGCAUCGGAAGACCGCUUGAGCUGGAUACCGACGGCAUCUGGUGCAUGCUGCCAGCUACGUUCCCUGAGAACGUCCAGUUUGUGCUCAAGAAUGGAAAGAAGCUCAAUGUGUCCUACCCCUGCAUCAUGCUUAACCAUCUUGUCCACGCCAAAUUUACCAAUCAUCAAUAUCAAACUCUGGUCGAUCCCAAGUCACUGAAAUACGAGACGCAUAGCGACAAUUCCAUCUUCUUCGAAGUGGAUGGGCCAUACAAAGCCAUGGUGCUGCCAACCUCCUUGGAAGAAGACAAGAACUUGAAGAAACGUUAUGCUGUUUUCAACCACGAUGGCAGUCUUGCUGAGCUGAAAGGGUUCGAGGUCAAGCGCCGUGGUGAGCUAAGGCUAAUCAAAAUCUUCCAGACACAGAUCUUCAAGGUCUUCCUCGACGGGACGACUCUCGCGGAGACAUAUGCCGCUGUCGCGCGCGUGGCGAACAGGUGGCUGGAUGUUCUUCACCAACGUGGUUCGACUUUAGCAGACGAGGAGCUGAUUGACCUCAUUUGCGAGAACAAAAGCAUGACCAAAACACUCGAAGAAUAUGGAGCGCAGAAAUCGACGUCCAUCACAACAGCAAAGCGUUUAGCCGAAUUUCUGGGCGAGAAUAUGAUCAAGGACAAAGGUCUCAACUGCAAAUACAUCAUCUCAGCAAGGCCUCGCAAUGUACCGGUGACUGAACGGGCCGUCCCGGUGGCCAUCUUCUCCGCCGAAGAAAGUGUGAAGCGGUACUAUCUUCGCCGAUGGUUGAAAGAGGACCCCUCCGACAUGGAUCCACGUUCCAUCAUUGACUGGAACUACUAUCUCGAGCGACUCGGCUCCGUUAUACAGAAGCUUGUAACCAUUCCGGCAGCGCUGCAGAAGAUUCCCAAUCCAGUCCCGCGAGUAGCACAUCCGGACUGGCUUCAGAAACGCAUCAACAUUCGGGAGGACAAAUUCCAACAACAGAAGAUGACCGACCUGUUUCGAAAGGAGAAGAAGCCCCUCGGCGAGAUCUCACUGAAUGGGCUAAAUGUACUCAACCAUCGGCUGCCCGCGUCUGGCGAUAUCGAAGACGUGCUAGACCACCAAGUAAAGGUCCACACACAAAAGCCGACCGCACAGAAGCGAAAAUCCCCUGAACCAGCAGUCAACGCUGAUCCAUUCGCAAGCCUGCCCUCAAAGAUACCCAACAUUGAGAAAAAUUACUCGAAGUGGCUACAGUAUUCCAAGCAAAAAUGGAAGAUUCAGAAGCAAGCUCGCAGUCGACGAAGGCAGCUCUUCGGGGAGCGUGCGAAUGUGACGACCGAUGCCAUUGGCAGCUUCUUCCGCAACCAAGCUGAGAUGCUGUUCAUCAACACCUGGCAAGUGCUGCAGCUCCGGGACGGCGACUCACCGGGCGAAGUGAAGGCAUUUGUGCUUAUUGGGAAGAAGAUCCAUGUUCUCGUGGUGAAGGUGCCACGUACGCUAUAUUUGAAUCUGAAAGGCGACGAUUUGCCCGAAGUCGACAUCACUGAUUGCGAGGUCGAAAAGGUCAACCACAUCCUGCCCAAUGGACACCCGUCAGUGCAUCUGUUCCAGCUUACCAUGAGCGAGGACACCUAUCUUCGAGAAGCCGAGAACGUAUCGCUGCUUUGCAAUCACUCAAGCGUUGAAGGUGUGUACGAGCAGCAACUGCCUCUGUACACCAGAGCCUUGUUAAAGAUCGGCAACUUGUGUUCAUUCGACGAGAAUCAGAAAGGUGUGCUCGGCAAAGGUCUCGAGCAAGGGUUCGAUCUGUCGUCCCUGAUACGCAGUCCGUCCAAGUCGACGUACGUUGAUGAUCCGAGUGGACUGGCUUACCUUUAUCUCUAUCAUGUUGCUUCUGGGGAUCGACAAGUGUUCGCUCUUGUGUCGACAGCCCGAUCAGAGGGUCACAUCAUCGUCCUUAGCCGAACUAGAGAUGCACAGGGCUUACCAAAUGUUGACAGGAUGUAUUUGGACCAGCUUACACGGAAGAAGGACAUCGAAAAUGCCACGUCCAGCGCCUUGUUCGACUACCAGGACGAGCUCAAAUUCAAGAUCUCCCAGGUGACGACAAAGCGGAAGGCACAUCUCGAGAUUGCCGACAUUGUCAAGAAGUGGAGAUCUGAGGAGACCAGGGCCACCAUGCUCAUCAUGCAGACAACGCAACAUCGUCAGAUUAUGCACGACAUCAGAAUUCUGAAGGAGUAUCCCGUGCUCAGCCUGCGCACCGAGGAAGCGGACGCAGAGUUUCCACCUCUCGGCUGGCAAGCGUUUACCUUCAGGCGUCUCGUCGGUCACUAUCUCGGUGUCGAGAACUGGAUCUCACAUCUUCUCGAGCUUGCGCGCUACGGAGACGUGCCAGUGUGCAACCUUGAGAAAGAAGACCCUCGAUAUCUCAUCGACUUAGCCUAUGCCCGCAGGCUACAAAGCAACAACGUCGUGCUCUGGUGGGCAGCAGGCCCUCGGCCCGACCACGCUGGGCACGAGAAGGAUGACAUUCUUGGUCCAAUGCAGGAAGUGGUCGAGUUACCACAGACGAACAAUCCUGGGGCAUAUACGUCAGUGUGUAUCGACAUCGAGGUUCAAAACCUUGCGAUCAACACGUUGCUCACGUCUUCGCUCAUCAAUGAUCUUGAAGGUUCAUCAGAUGCAUUGGGCUUCAACCCUACAGGCGACGAAAUGAUAUCGGACGAUGGCGGAGCUGUCUCGAAAUCCCAGUCCGGGUUUGCCCAGGAGGCUUUGCAGGUGCUUCGUGAUAUGGUCAAAGCCUGGUGGGCGGAAGCCUGCAACAACAGCCCAUUGGCCGACGUUAUGGUGCGGCAUCUGUUGAGGUGGAUCGCGUCCCCGUCUUCGUGCCUGUACGACCGUCAUCUCCACUACUACGUGCAGAUGAUGUCGAAAAAGGCGUUUCAACAACUAUUGACGGAUUUCCGAAGGGUAGGCUCCCAAGUCGUAUUCGCCAGUCCAACCAGACUGUUGCUCCAGACAUCGAAACAGGAUGUCGCCAAUGCCUACGCUUACGCUCAGUACGUCCUGAAAGCCAUACAGCAGAAGCCAAUGUUCCACUUCAUCGACCUGAAUGUCAAGGACUACUGGGACGUGCUGCUUUGGUAUGACCCGUACAACUACGGCGGUAAGGGCACGCCUGAGAUCAGCGACACCAUCAACAACGACCAGCUCAACACCGUCGUCUACUGGCAGGUGGCGCAGUUCCUCCCCGUACCUCUGCAAAGCGUCUUUGAUGACUGGAUUGUUGAUUUCAUCGAGAUUCUGCAGAAAUUGAAGAGACCGGAGGAUGAGUUCGGACCAGAUGGAACUCCAAGGCAGACACAAUUACCACAAAACACUUUCCUGAGCCUGACCGAGAAUCCAACAAGCACGGAAGUCACCACCAUUCUGCAGGAAGACUUCUCCAGGCCGCUGAUCAAAUACAUCCGGCAAUUGAUCCGAAGACAAAGGGAUGAGAUGUUGAACAUAGAGCUCGAAAGUGACUGGCGAUUUCCAGAACAUCUGCCAGGAGGCACGCUUGCCAUCCAGGAAGGCUCACGAAAGGUGCGAGACCCAGUACUGGAGCUGGUCAAGGCCUUGAUGCAGAUGAUGUCUCUGUCGAAGCCACUUCAACUCGAGGCACGGCUGCUUCGAAAGGAGCUUCUGGACUUGUUUUCGAUUCGAGAAUUCGGCGCCGAAGCACGCUUCGAGAACCCAAGCAAGAGCCUCAAAUUCGAGUCACUGGUGUGUGACACUUGCACAGCGCUGAGAGAGCUGGAUCUCUGUCGAGAUGAGGACGUCAUCCCGGCUCCCAAUCCUGAUGACCCAGGUCAGAUGAUAGACAAGCCAUGGAAAUGCCACAGCUGCAGCAAUGACUUCAAUCGCCAUGUACUCGAGGAGGAUCUGAUUGCAAGGGUUGAGAAAGAAGUCGUUCGAUGGCAUACCCAAGAUCUCCGGUGCAAGAAAUGUGGUGGCUUGCAAGGAGACGACAGCAUUUUCAAGGAGCACUGCUCUUGUGGUGGAGAGUGGACCAUCAGCCUGGAGAAGUCAGCGGUCAGGGAGAGGAUGAGCAUUGUGCAUCGGGUCGCGGAUACAUAUGGCAUGCGGCUGCUGUUGAGUGUGAUUGAGAGCGUUCAAGCGAUGGGUUUGGCUUAG